AAGUCGGUCCGUUAACUAACAUGUCCCUCCGGUGUAGCCAUUAAUGUAGCACAGUCGUUUUAGUUUUGUUAGCGUGCUUAGCGUUACUUACUAAAAUAUAUUUGUGAUAUAAAUAUAUCUAUAGAGAAAGAUACAUUCGUCUCAACUGGAAUUAAAGUGUUAAUUGUAGCUAAUUGUUAAAGUAAAAAGUAGUUUUAACGUUAUAAAUCACGAUGGCUCCGAAGAUAACCGCUCGGCCCGUCUGUCACCAUGAACUCUGAUAGUCAUGUGCUGAUGAAAGAGAACAUCAAGAUGAUGACUGAUAUGAUUGUGCUGUGUGCCACUUUGGCACUCUCCCUCUUCUUCUGGGUCCUCUCCCUCAUCAUCAGCACCUACUCCGGAACACUACAGCCUGUGUCACCAUGGCGGUGGUUGUUCUCCAUCUUGGUCCCCCUUGUGCUGACGAUCAGAGCGCUGAAGAGAGGCAGUCUGAACUACUCAGGAGCCCUGGGAGCUCUCCUGGUAGGAUUUGUGUUGACGAUGGCCAACUACAGCUUCUUCUCCUCUCUGCUGGCCUUCUUCAUCACCUCCUCCAAACUGACCCGCUGGGGAGGAGCACAGAAGAAGAAAAUAGACGCUGAGUACAAAGAAGGGGGCCAGAGGAACUGGAUUCAGGUCUUCUGUAAUGGAGGAGUUCCCACAGAGCUGGCACUGCUCUAUAUGAUAGAGGUGGGUCCAGGUGAGAUCCCCAUUGAUUUCAGCAAACAGUACUCGGCCUCCUGGAUGUGCCUCUCUCUACUGGGCGCGCUCGCAUGCUGCACCGGGGACACCUGGGCGUCAGAGGUGGGGCCAGUCCUCAGCCAAUCACAGCCUAGACUCAUCACCACCUGGAAGGAAGUCCCGGCAGGAACAAAUGGAGGAGUCACACCCGUCGGAUUGGUCGCCAGCUUACUUGGUGGACUCGUUGUGGGCGCAGCUUACUAUGUAACACAGCUUCUAUUGGUUGGCGAUCUGAACCUGGCGGACCCCCAGUGGCCAAUCAUAGUGUAUGGCGGUGUGGCUGGCCUGUUGGGAUCGAUGCUUGACUCUUUCCUGGGAGCUCACAUGCAAUACUCAGGCUUUGACGCGAGCAUCGGGAAGGUGGUAAGUUAUGAGUCUGCCACGACCCGGCGGAUCUGUGGGAAACCAAUCUUGGACAACAACGCAGUCAACCUGUUCUCCUCUGUCAUCAUUGCACUCGUCCUGCCAGGGCUGGCGUGGGGGAUGUGGCCUCGAUAGACUGACGACUGCAAUGCAGUGGAGCCGGACGACUAAUAUGAGACAGACUGCUAAUUAUUUAAGACAUUUGAGUUAUAUGUUGGUUGUUGUUGAUCAGAGAAGCAUCACACUAAAAGUUAAUACAACACACUCUCUGCCUGCCCUCCUCUGUCUCUUUGGAAGAAAAAAGAACGUGAAAUACAUACUGAUCUAUGAAAACUUUUAAACUUCUUAACAGUAACUGAUGGACUGAGGAUAUUUACGCAGGUUUUUAGAGAAUGUUUUAUGGCCCGCAUGCAAAUAUGGAAUACUAAUUAAAUGGGCUGUGUUUUUGUUCUGUAUUUUAAAUUUGAUGCUGGUUUGUGCCCGCUUAAUGUGAUGUUCCAGUACUUAAGACUGAUUUCUGGUAUUGUUACGACUAUAAUUUAUGCAGUCUGUUUCCAAAUGAGCCUCAGUCUUUACAGUAUGAAUUUACAUGUCAAUAAUUUAAAAUAAAUUUCCUGCCGUUGGCUGUUCAUACUUUCAAAUAAAAGGUGUUUUUCGUGUGUGUGU